AUGGGUCGAAGUAAUACAAAGUUGCCUUUGGAACUAAUAAAGAAUGAGAAGUCUCGCAAUGUCACUUUUCGAAAGAGGAAGAAGGGAUUGAUGAAGAAGACGUAUGAAUUGAACAAGCUUUGUGAUGUGCAGUGUUCUGUUAUCAUUUAUGAGAACAAAAACGGUCAACUGGUCCGGCCGGAUACCUAUCCUGAAAACCCUGAAGAAGUCAAGCAAAUUAUUGAUAGAUUUGUCUCCAAAUCAGCCAAAGUAAGGAAAGUUGAAAACUUGGCUGAUUUUUUCAGCAAACAAAUCAUGCAAGUGAAGAAAGAGACUGCCAAAUUGCGCCAAAAGAACAAUGAAGCUCGGUUUCCUUCAUGGGAUGACAGGCUAGAUGACUUCUCAUUAGAUCAAUUGCUUGCUCUUUUGAAAAAAUUGGAGCACAAAAUCGAAGACGUGCACAAGCAUUAUGAUAAGCAAUAUGCUAUUGAUGACAGUAUACUACAACAAACGGCCUUGUUUCCGAACAACAACGUAGACUAUUCUCAAAUGGUUGCAUUGAACCAAUACCCUACUAGUGGUUCGAUGAUGUACACAAGUGAUAGGGCUUUGCCUGAAGAGCAAACUAAUCUCCAAGCCUUGUUUCAGAACAACCUAAUCAAUUAUCACCAGAAUUACAAUUAUUGUUCUAUCACGAUGAACAACAGAAACGGCAUGCCAUGGCAGAACUACAACAUUCAGAGUGCUCCAUCAGCAUCAAACGGAUCAAAUUACGAUGAACAAAGUACAUCUAUGAAGUGUGAAAAUCGUCUGCAAUACGGAAACAUCGAUGAAAAUUUGACAUUAUGUAAUCACGUCCCACCACAACAGACUGUGUAUCCAAUGUCCGCAAGUUAUUUGUUUGAUAAUGCCAACCAAUUCUUGCAUCUCAAAGGCUAG